GUGCACUGCGUGAAACCGACAUGUUGUUGCGUCUCAUGUGUCCAGGCGGCUGGUAUGUCUAUUUAUAGUGUAACUGGAAUAGAAGUCGCAACACUGAGAACAGAGCAAGACAUGAUCGGGCUAUGGACCUGCUAGACUGACUCUCAUUGUGACGAACGGGACACCAAAAUACAUUUAGACUAAAAGGUCCUCAGAUGAGCAAGAUGCCCGCGAACCAGACUAGAUCCAGGGUGAAGGCGCGUAACAAUGUGCUGAACAGACCGGAGUUCAUGUCUCUAAAUCAGCCUCUGAAGAGCGCUACCGCUGAAGCGCGCGGCACCGCGCGGAGGCCGUCGCAGAGACCCCAGCCGAGCCAGAACCCGCCGAGCGAGAGUGCACAAAACGAGUCUGCCGAAAAUAAUAAAGACAAUAAGGAGAUGCCAGAAGAAGAUUGCAUGCAACUGAAUCCCUCGUUCAAAGGAAUUGCUAUAAACUCUCUUCUGGCCAUAGACAUCUGCUUGUCCAAGAGGGUCGGUGUGUGCGCGCACACGACAUCAUCUUGGGGAAGCGUGCGCUCUAUGGUGAAGCUGCUCGCGCUCACCGGACAUGGCAUCCCGUGGAUUUUCGGGACAAUUGUGUGUCUGACGAGAAGCAACACGUUGGCAGGUCAAGAGGUUUUGGUCAAUUUGCUACUAGCUCUAUUACUGGAUGUGAUGACCGUAGCAGGCAUGCAGAAGCUUGUGAAGCGCAAAGGGCCCUGGGAAAUGGCACCCAGUUUCCUUGACUACUUGGCCAUGGACAUCUAUUCUUUUCCAGCAGCCCAUGCGAGCCGAGCAGCCAUGGUAUCCAAAUUCCUGUUAUCACACUUGGUGCUAGCAGUCCCUUUGCGUAUUUUGCUGGUAUUGUGGGCUGUCCUAGUCGGCAUAUCCCGUGUCGUACUUGGUCGCCAUCAUCUGACGGAUGUCGGGUGCGGUUUUGCCUUGGGAUUCCUCCAUUAUACUUUAGUGGAGAUGGUGUGGUUGUCCUCUAACACUUGCCAGACUCUUAUUUCCAUAGGAACAUUCAAUUGGAGCCCAUUUUAUUGACCAUUGGAUGUCAUCUAAAGGAUUUCCAAUGUCUUUGCGUCUUUCAUAUAUAAAGUCCCCUCCACCUAUAUUUAAAGGUACAUCCACAGCAUUGUUAUUAUUUUCUUAAACAUUGCCCUAAACAGCACAUAAGCCUGAUUUGACUUUUUUAUUUUUAUUUCUGGCAAAGCAAUAUAAAGUUAAAGAAAAGCAUGAGGUGCACAUUUGUUUUAACACCUAACAUCGUCAUAACCCGUAUGUGUGAUAGAUAUAGAUCGGCUGAUGGAUUUUAAUGAUCACAGUCUGUGAACGAAACAUCUGCUCAGGGACUUUCUCAUGCAGCAUAAAUAAUCAAGUCAGAUUUCUAUUUUCUUGUAAUUGUACGUAAUUUUUGAAAUAUUUACGAUGUAUUUGAGGAAUAGUUGUGAAUGAAAUGACUGUGUACUGCUUUACGAGAGAUUAUGGACAAUUUUAGACUUUUUGGACUGUAUAGGUUGUCCGGGGUAUAAAUCCAGUUAUAUUCAUAUCACAUUACACUGAAUGUAGCAGAUUUGUAUUAAUAAAAUUUCAUCAGUAUUUAUACGGAAUAUUUCAAGCACAUGUCUCACUUUUUCUUUCAAAAAUUGGUAAUAUUCAAACAUGCAUAAAUUGGAAAUUGUAUAUUGUUAAAUUCCAAAUUCUGCAAGCCCCAUUUGUGCCAUUUUGUAUGAAUUCCACUGAAGUACAGGCCUUUCAUAAAAACAUGAAUCCUGUAAAUGAUCCAUGUGAUGGAUGAUAACUGUAAACCAACAGUCUUGUACGAUUGUACAAAUAAAAAAACGCAUAAAACUA